CUUCGUCGUGUAUACCAAUCAUGUAGGCCCCCGUGUUGAGCAGGUUUCCGGCCUAGGAAGUAAACGACGCUGAUUAUGAUUUCUUUGCUCUUUAUGAACAUGUACAUGUGGUUCUGGUUGUGGUUCUCUUGAAAUUUUAUCGAUCAAAAGCGAGAAAAAUGGUUCUCACCGGCACCAGUGCGAGCAGCAGUUCCACGUGCCCCAAUUGGGACACCCGGACGAGGCCGCAGCUGCCUCCUAGUAAAAUAGAUCUUUCUACAACUCAACAUCCUGCUUCGCAAGAACCAAAUUGCCUCCAGCGCCAGCAACCGCAGCAGUCACAGAACUGCACGGCGGCAAGAACCUUUUCCUCCAGCACCGACGAUUCUCUUCUCUCCCGCCUGACGACCCUCGCACUACGAGCCGGCGACCCCGCGGCACGGAAGUCCCACAAUUUGCGGAAGGUUUUGACUCUCGAGGACCUGCUGCUGGAGUAUUCUUCCUUUACAGCCACCUCAAGAAUCUACCUGACGGAAGAGGAGGAGGAGGAGGUGCAAGAAAGGCUAAAACGCACCACAACUGGUGUUCCGAUCAUUCCGCAGCUCGAGAAGAAUGCCGCAGUUGACCCGUCCGCUUCCAGAACGGCGGCGGCCUCUUCAGACACGAUGUUGAUGAAAAAGUGGUAUUUGCUUGUCGGCGACCACCUGCAAGAAGCCUAUUGGAAGGUGGGAAGGGAAGAUGAAAGUAAGAGGUCGGUGGAGAACCUCCCCGCCGCCCACAAUGACCAACAUCCGGAAGCCUUCGACUUGACGAAGUUGCUGACGCUGUGGACCAUUCCGGCGCGCAUGAAGAUGAACACUUCCGCGCGCGAAGAACGGUGGACCUGGUGCAGCGACAGCACGGAGGCGUUCGACCACUUGCGAGUACUGGUGUACACGAUUCUGGUCGCGCUGACGAUCGGCGGCGGGAGCACGGGUUCCGGGGCGCAGGCGGACUGUGCGCUGGCGUUCUUGGGCGCGUUAGAGCAAUUUUACCGCAUGGACGAGCAGGCGGAGGAGCGGGAGAUGAAAACGCAGUACUUCGCGGAGAAGAAUAGCGGGGCGAUGACGAUGAGGAGCCAUGAUGGUGCGAAUUAUCUGUGCAACCUCCAAUAUUGUCGUGGGCCAGUUUCCUCCUCCUCAGCGUCGGCGGCCACAGCCUCGGCAACCGCUUCGCCCGCGGAACCAGAAUUUGCGGGGAACCGAGGUCUUCAAGAAGAGGUGUAUAAUGGAGGCUCAGCGCCUUCGAGGCAGAAGCCGAGCCCUCCUUCUCUUCCCGCCCCCUCCAUUUCAGGCUCAUUCGGCGUCCAGCAGGUACCGGCGAACACGCCGCACGUGCUGCAGCAGCAGUUCGAAAAUUCUAUCCGUCAAGAUUCUUCUAUGCAGCUGGACCGAACCGGAAAUCUACUACCAGCGAGCUCUUCGCAGAUGUUGAGAAAGAAGCCACCGUUGUUAGCUGCACAUCAGGGAGCUACUAGUUGUACGGCUGCUGCUGCUUCUCCCGCUGGCCUUGCCGCGACAACACGAGCGGUACUGCCAGCUCCAGUGGUGAACUACUUCGGGAGAAGCACGACAGCCUUGGAAUCUUCCACGACGUCGAAGCACGUGGCUCCACCGCCACCACCAUUUUUCUCCUCCUCGUCCCCCACUGUUUCUUUCGCGGUGCCGGGACGGAAUGAUGAGGAACAAGCUUGUGCGGUUGAUGUCGCGGCAAGCGAGCCUCGUCCGCCAAGACGAUCAGCAACGACAAACCAAAGUUCCGUCUCCCUCCCCCCACCGACCAAGCGUAGAAAAGUGCCGCCGAUUUCCGAGGCGGAACUUGUGCAGCGGCAGUUGCAAAAGCAAAAAGAGGAACAGGCGGCGAAAGAAGCGGAGGAGAGGAGAGCGAGAAUCCGGGCGUCGUUACCAGCGCCCUUCUCCCCCGCGACCGCGUUCCUAAGGGAGUACAUCAUGGAGAAGGGACAACUACUCGAGGAUGUUGUAGAUGAUGUUGUUAAUAAUCGAGAUGAACACGCGGUUUCUGAAGCUCCUCAAGCUCUACUCGCGAAGGAUGAUAAUAAUGUUGGUCUGCGACAGAACCUCCACAAGGAAGUUGUAGUACACAACUCGACUGCGGUCGCUUCCCGCACGCCGACCCCCAGUGCUAGUGCAUCGAAGAAUUGUCGUGCUGGUACAACUCCCCGGUCGGGACGAAGUACAGGUCGUGCUGCUCCUGCUCCUGGCGAGGGCCAAAACGAGACGCCUCUGAACUACGAUCGUGAGCCUCCAGAGGACCCCGCUUUUGUUCUUCCUCAAGUGGAUGAAAGUCCUGCAGCUGGUGCCCUUGAUGUUGGUAGUGGAAGAAGGUGCCACAGCAAUUCCAGUUCGAAAGGGCAAAAUAAAACACAACUUCUUGCGCGAGUAGAACCUGCUGGUGUACCAGCACCACCUGCUGCAGUCCACCCAGAAGUCGUCCACCAGCAGCCGCGACAAAACGACGGAGCAAGCGGUCCAGCACACCAGUCGCUUCUUAGUCGGUUGAUGGGUGACGCAGCCCCACCGGACUCCUUGGACGCGGGCAACAACACGAGCGGGAUCUUGGACGAGUCGAUAUCGCCGGAUUCCUCGCCAUUGAUGGAAUUUCUGCAAGAGGAAGAGGCAUCAGGAUCAGCGCGAGAAGCUUUAUUGCAAGCACGGCAAGAAGUAGAGAUUUGUUCUACACCAGAGGGUGGAGAACUUCCUCAAGUGCUGCCCUCGACCUGUGGCGAAGCACCUCGUCCUGCACGCGACGUGGCCUUGGGCGUCGAGAAUAAUAAACCAGAUGAAGUUCUUGUUCCUGCAGCAGAAGACGACCACGAUGAGCAAGAUCUUCACGCACCACUUUGUUCAAGCGAGCAGCUGUUACAUGGCCAGCCAAACCGCCGACGAAGUCUGAAGACGCCGGAAUUCGGGUGUUUCAGUCCGGAGAAUUUGCCGUCGGAGAUCAACGAAAUAGAGGAGCAGCACUCUGCCUUUGAGGUUCCGCUUGUAGUGGUGCCUCCUCCUGAAGAUGAAAGAACUCACAAGGAUUUUAAAGAAGCGGCAAGCGAAAGGGAUGUUGAGAUGAAAGAGGGUGCGCGAAGAGCAAGUGCGUCGCCACAGAGGGGAAGGGAACAACGACAACGUUUCCUGGAACUACAGAUGCAGGAGGAGCAUCACACGACCGCAGUGAACGAUUCCAUUCCACAUAAUUCGCAGAGCCAAAGCCUCCUCCUAGAAGAUGAAGCGAUCAAGGAGAGCUCUGUGAUCGAAGCGUUCUCGCCGCCCGUGCCAGUGUCUGAUGUAGAACUUGUAGAUGAACAGGACCAACAAAGGAUGAAACCACGCACAGCACUACACGGCGUCUACUAUCCUGUUGACCACGUCGAUGAAGAUAAGCGCAGCCACGACCUCCAUCUCCAUGAGACCUCCCCCCGAAGCAGGACCAAAAGUGCGAGCGAGCAAACCCACGCUAGUUCAUCCCACACAACGGCAACAACUCUGCGGACGUAUCAAGACUAUGGUCGUGGAAGCAACAUCAACCAGAUGUCGUGGCAGGAACAGCACGAAGACGUCGUUUCCCGGCCUAGCCCCAGCAAUAAGUCUGCGAAAUCCAAUCUCACAACUGCGCCGCAAAUUGCAGCGGCAGGCUGUGGUGGACAGGAUGUUGAAUUUUCCGCAGCUGGAGGUGGAGAACUUUUACACGCGUCGUAUGUUGCUGAUGUAGAGGAUGUGGAUGAGAUGAACAACUAUGGGCAGCACACUGGAGGUGCCUUUUACCAUUCCCCUGCCUUCCAGAACCUUCCGGAGGUAGAGGUAGACAUCAACCUCCGUAAAAAUGAAAACAAAGUCACUCCGAUGAAGCCGCCGACUCCACUUAAGCCCUGCAAACAGGGAUCAAACGCAAGCACACCACUGAAACCACCGACGCCGGAGGGCAGAAAUCGGAGGUCGAAAUCAGCGAGAAGCAGGAGAAGUAAGAACAAAAGUGCAGAUCAUGCUGCGUCAAGAGUAAGCGACGCUGGAGUCCGUAAGAGCAAUGUACAGGCUCCUGCGCAUCGAGCUUCCGCUGCCGUGCCCGAGGUUUGUGGUCCGGAGGCUCGAACUAAAACAGCUGCGGAUGACAAGAUUAUGCAGCACCGUAGUUCAUCAUCCAGGCGCAGUCAGGUGCCAAAAUCCGCUGAGAAAUUGCUUGGAGCUGGGGAAAAGGCAACGUUUGCGAUCGACCGACAAGAAGUUGGUAUCAAGCAAAACACGCCAAAAUCUGCUUUUUCCAAAACGCCACCAAAAGCGAUGUCCACCGCGAGGUCCGUGCGGGAGAGCAAGAUGAAGAAUAAAUCAGCUACUUCAUCUACACCCCAGGAACAAGCAACAAGUGCGGGUGCCGCUCUAGCUGCUGUGCCAUCCGCAUCGCGCUCUCCGACGGGCGGUUUUCGUGCUGCCCAAAACUCCUCUCGGACCCCCACCGCAGCCGUCCCUUCGAAGCAAAAGCCAUGCACGCCUGCGCCCCCGGCAAAAGAGCACCUUCAUUCCCAAGCUGGUGUUGCUUCCUUGCCUGCGUCCGUUGUGAAGAAGAAACAAGGAGAAAACAGCAGCAAACAAGCAUCAACCUCUUCCGCGGCCGACACCAGGGCUCCUGCAAAAGUUCUUAAGACGAGUCUCAAACCUUCUGAAGGAGUUGGCACGCACGAAGACCCCAUCGUGUUGUCCGAUUCUGAGUCCGACGCGGCAGCUGCAGGCUUGAUGAGAAAAAAAGUAGAGCAUGAUGAUGGGGAACAUGUAAAUGACACAGAAAACGCUCGUUUUCAUCAGGCCGGUAGAAGAAGAACCAAUCGCGUCAAGAAAGACUUGGAGGAUCUUGAGGACGAAGAGAAGGUUCUCGAAGAUCGAGCUGGUUACGAUCAUGCGGAAGAUGAAGAAGAAGAUAGGCUCGGCGAAUUACCAGAACCGGGAAAUGACGAAGACGAUCAUGAUAAAAAUGCCGCUGUUCUUCUUGAGCAUCAAGAAUCAAAAGUCCCCGAUUCCAUCGCGGAGGGAGGACCAGGGAAUGCGGAAAACGAAGACAACAAGCACGGUCUCCCUUCCAUCAAUGAGCAGGAUGUAGAAGACUCUCCCGCCGAGGUCGCGGAGUACGGGGAAGAGCAUGAGCAGCUGCAGGAAGAAUUAAAACUCGGCGAUGAUUCCGAUUUGCAGGAAGAACCUGGGGUCGUGGUUGUAGAGAAAGAGCAAGUGCAGGUGGUCGACCACGACGAGCAGAUACAAGAAGAGAUCCACCAAGCCAACGUAGAGGACCACCAGAGCUUGGACAACUUUGCUGCAGUAGACGAAAAGCCGGAUGACGAGCCGUCCGAAAUCCACGAUUUCAAUGCGGUUGACGACGACGACGAUUUUCUGAAUGACGAGGAGUCUUCCUCCGCAAUACAGGACCUUCUACUACUUCCGGAGCCGCAGAACAAUCGCAAGGACGACGAUGCUGUGGGGGGAGGACAAGAGGAGUACGAGGAACAUCAAGAGCCGAAAGAAGAAUCUCCUCCAGGAGAGGCCGCCGCCGCAGGAGCUGCAAUUGAUGUUGUAAAUGCAACCACUACAACAGUCCCGUGCUCAUCGGAUGAGGAUGUAUUUCCGAAGAUGAGCGAUCGCCGGGUUCGUGAAGAAGCGGGAAAUGAAACGCACCAAGAAGGUCAGGGUCUUCACACAAAUCUGCUACAACACGAUGUAGAGGAAAAGGAGCUUCCUUUUGCCGAAACUGCACUCGAACACCAAACCGACCCGACUUUUCAAAUACCUCCUGCUCCCCCAAGUAGUGCUUCCAGUUUUGUGAAGCGCCCCGGCGGUGGUAAAGCAGAGGAGCAUGCUUCUAUCGCGCACCACAGAAGAGGACCACCACCGGUGCCACAAGUUUUGCAACACGCGAAUCAAGAACAUCAACUCAUCGUGCAAAGAGAGACCUCGGAAGGAGCCUCAAAAGCAGACAGAGCAAUCGCGGUCUUCGUUCCCCCGAAAAUCCUCACCCCGGAAUUGAAGGAGCAAAUGGAGCUCUUGCGGUUCUGUGGCUUGACGAAAGAGACUUGCAACAUGGUGAAGCCUGCGUUUCACAAGGUCGUCGCUGUUAGCAGGAAGAGCACGACCAUGAUAGCUUCUUCUGCGUUUGGACCUGCUGCACAUCAAAUCGCUAAGCCAGACUCGAAGCUGAUUAAGAGGGAAUUUGACCAGGCGCUGCGCAAACUCUAUCCCGUGUUCUUAAAGUUGCAAAAAUCUUGCCCGAAGGAGUUGAGGGUCAAGACGCAAACAGCAGACGGAAUAAAUGCAGGAGCUCUGCAGCCGAAGAGAAAAACGAGAAAAGCCGCGAAGGCGGCGAAAGAAUCGGCUCAGGAGGCCGCAAAGGGACGACCUGGUAAAGGAAAAAACAAACUCAAAUCUUCUCCAGUUUCCAAGCCGCUACUCGAGAAAGUAGCCAAAGCAAACAAAGCCAAGGCGAAGGCAAAGGCCAGGGCGAAGGAGCAGUCGGAAGAAUCAGUACAGCCGGUCGUGGUCGUAAAAAGGGGACGUGGUCGGCCGCGGAAGGACGGACAGACCGGCAGGAAGACAAGUAGCGACAAGAAAGAAAAACUCCCUGGUGCACGAGGCAAGAAGGCUGUUGUACUAGCAAAAGCCAAAGCAAAAGCGGCACAAGAAAAAGCAAAGAAAUUAAGCGGGAAAAAGAAAACUGUUGUUUCCGUGAAAAAAGCCUCGGCCAAAUCAAAAGCAGCGGCGAAAAAGAUGACAGCAGAGAAGAAGUCGAAAUCUUCAGAUCAUGCAGUGGAUGAACUACAGGAAGAUGACAGUUCCGAGGAACAGGAAGAUGGUUCCGCAUAUGAAAGACCCGUCGGUGGAGUGACCAAACGCUACCCGGUUCGGGGCGGAAUCGAGGGUCCCAAGCGGGGUUUUGAGAAAGACAGCCCCGGCAGGAACAGAAAAUUUUCGACUGCAGAUGUUGAUGAGUUGAAUGACAGGCAAGGGCAGGAAGACGAAGAAUUCGAACUCGACUCCAGACUCGCUGGCUCUGACAACGUGAACUUCGUGCUCUUUUUUUGUCCGGAUUUGCACUACGUCGGCGCGGGCUUAAAUCGCGUGGUAUACCACUGGCAGGGGCAGAAAGCGGAGGAGCUGGCCCCGAUAUCACAACUGUUUGCGAAAAACCAUGACGGUGGAGCAGAUCUGUCUACUUGUGCCGGCCCCGGCACGGAACAACUGCAUGCAGAACCCACUGCAGCUGUACAAGCAUCUUCUUCCCUAGUGUUAGCGCCUGUGCUGGCCACGAUACAAGAAAAUGAGGACGACAAUCUUCACAUUGACUCGAAGCCUCGCAAGGGCGGCAAAGGGCGAAAAUCGCAAAUCGAUGCUCCUCCGACCAGUGCGAAAUCCGCUGCAAUCAGCGUAAGGUCCGCCGAAAACGUGAAGUAUCUGAAUUUUGACCACAAAAAACACGGACUGUCACUCGCGGCCUACCAGCAGAACGUCACGAGCGGGCCGCUGGCAGCAGACAGCAGGGCCUUCGCACAGCAGCUGCAGGCAGUCGGUAAGAAAGGCGGAGGUGUUGCUGGUGGGUUUUCUACUUCAUCCGUACACAACAACUUCGUGCCCUUCCACAGUGGCGCUACAACAAGCCCAGCGCAACAAACGCUUUUGCCGCUCGAAAACACAGCAGCACCGUCAGGCAGCACCGACAAUUCUGGUUUGGUAGUCCCUGUCGAUUCUACCUUUUCCACCCUCACGACCCUGUUUUCGGAAACAGCCAAUUGCGAGCCCCAUUACCCCCUAGCAGCAGUGUUGCCAUUGGACGGCUCGAUCGAAGUCGCAUCCAUUCGGGAAACGCAUGUGGCCCUCAGUAACGACAUGAUCCUCACGGCUUGUUUGGUGCAGGAAACGAGCGAAAAAAUACAAUCGACUAGUGUCGACGAAGCGUAUGACAAGGAACCCCCGGAGCAUAACGAAGUUGCGACCACCACGACAGCAACGUGGAAGAUCGUCGACGUCCGCAGCCGCAGCCGCUGGGACACGAGCACCUUUGACGCGUUGCGAUCCUAUCUGCAGGCGCACGUCAAAAUGGUUUCUGGAAGCGGGUUGGGAGAUGAUGAUGAUGAUGUUGAAAUGACCGAUUCUCUUCUGCUUCCCGCGUCGAGUAGGAGUACUUCUACUACGGGACCGUCUCUACUUGAUACCGGAGCAAUAAUGAACCUCAAAUCCUCCUUUAACAAGCAUCUUCACCAGCAAAUCACCCCAGCCACGACGGUAAAAACCGACAAGUCCGCCCCUUACCAAAUCACUCUCUCCUACUUCCUCCCUAAUGCCAUCGACCACGGUUGCUUCAACUGCUACUUGGUGACCUACACGACGAAGUUGCAAAACUCGUGGCAAGCGGCCCGGGAGUUGCACUACGACGCGGACAAUGCCGAUACCAGCGGAACAAACGCGAGUACGGACGCGAUGCUCUUUUCCGGUGCCCAGGACGCGAUGCACGAGGACUUGCAGGUAAUCUUGGAGUGGAUCCCGCAGCUACUCAUCCUCGCCUCCCGGAUUUUGUUCGAGAACCCGAAGGCGCGAGUGCCGUUUUUGCCGGCAUUGCGUGAGAAAAUCGUGUUUUACGCGAAGGGGCUGGCUAAUUACCAGGAGCAGCUGUGGGGCCAUCGCAGGCAGGUUUUCACGGAGAGUACGAUCCAGUGCAGAACUUUGUUGGGCAUGCGGCUGCUGUUCGAAGAAGCCGGGUUCGACGUUUUUGAGGAGCAGAGGAAAAAUGCGAAGGAAAUAGAGAGAGAGGAAAAAAGACUUCAGAAGGAAUUGGCUGAGGCGGAGAAACUGAAAAAAAAGCGGGGGAGAAAGAAAAAAACACCCGUCGCACUCGCAACACAAGCUGACAAAAAUUCACCAAACGAAGAAGAUGAGCUUUCCUCCCCGGGCUCAAGAACCCCCUCGCCGAACGCCCCCGCGACCAAGACAAAGCCACUGGGGCGGUUGCUGCAGAGAGCGUAUUUGGACAAGAUGGGAAAGAAAACACGCACACACCUGCUGGAUUGUCUCCACUGCCGGAAGCAGUUUAACGUGUUGGGCACGAAAAUCUCCACUGGUGACGAACUCAAGCGGCUGCUGAACCGACCGAUACAAGUUGCUGUGAAAAAGCCGAUCAAAGGGAUCAUCCAGCUGGACAGUUUGGUCACUUCGGGACCGCAAGCCUUGCUGGACCACAUGGAGAUCAUAACCGGCACGGAAGAUUUUUGCCACGACGGAACAAGUGCGAAUCAAGCGAAAGCAAGCUCGUCCAGUUCUUCCUCCUCCUCUUCGAGCAACUUUUGCGACGGGCAGCAGGAAGAAAUAUUAAACCAAAACAACAACGCUCUCGUCCUUGCAGAUCAAAAACAGAAGUUCUUGCGGCAAACUAGAACUGCGAAGAAACUGGACGAAAAUCUUUCCGCAACCUUCAAUUGGAUUCUGUACGACGAUGGGGAAAAGCGUCUCUUACCGGAUUUCGAGCUGUCAAAAGACCUGACCGCGGAAGUCUUGGACCGCGAUGAGGAGAUCGACCUGAUUAACUUCGAAACCCAGGAAGAAGAGGACGACUUCCUGCCCCAGAACCUCUUUUGCGUGGACGUCCGCGGGUUCCAGGCGCAAACGCAGGCCGCGAGCGAAAAUGCGCUGUUGCCGAAGAAUCCGGUCGAUUUUUUCGGGAAAAAAGAAAUGGCGCAGCGGUUGUUUCUCAACCCGGAUGCGUUGGACGAACUGAUCGAAACGGACAGCGACAACAAGCUGCAGUUUCUAGACACGCUGGUCGACAACACGAAGAAGGCGGCCAAGCAGUUCGACCAGAUUUUUUUGGACCCGUUGAUGUCGGUAGAAGAGAAAAGACAUAUCGAGGCGAUCCGGGAUGGUCGAGCGGUCGCGGAUUUUGACGUUUUGGCGGACGAUAAUGACAUUGAUGGAGGAAUGAAUGACGACGAGGAGGUGGAGGAGGGGUUUGAUUUGGCGGCGUUAGAAAACGAGGACGAGGAAGAUUUGGAGGAACUAGACGAACGGCGUGGUGGUCGUGGCACCAAAAAUAAAAGCGCUCCUGCUGGUACAACUACUAAAGCGGCAACGAUGAAGCAGAAAAACAAAAAAGCCAGCGCCGCCGUGGAAAACAAGGUGAAAACAAAAAGCAAGAAUGACGACAAAAAAGGCCCGAAUCCAAAAGAAAACAAAGUGAAAAAGAAAUAGAAGGCUGGUCCUGGUUUUCCAUUAUCCAGAUAAGUUUUUUUACACUGCUACUACGGUCACCAAUAUUUUUGAUCACGUGUUACUUCACUUCAUACUUACGCACACCUCUUGCGCAUUUUGGAUUUGAAAAGCUUAAUAUCACACUCUCGGAAACGAAAGGUAC